CGAGGGCCCUCCCACUCCUGUGCCAGAGCGGGAAGGACACUCGGUGAAGCAUUCUGUGAGCUUCUCUCAGAUAAGGGACUCUGCUGAACCCGGGACCUCUACAGGAAAGUGGACCCAGCACUGACAAAGGGCAGGGCUGGGACGGGCCUGCCCAGACUCGCCUCCAGAUGCCCAGCAUCAGAGACCCAGCACACUUGCUAGAUCCACACAAUUUCUUCUUCCACUUUGAAAACCGACUCUAUACCAAUGGCCGAAAGCGCAUCUACAUCUGCUACGAGGUGGAGAGACAGGAUGGCGGCUCAUUUGUGUCCGUGGCCAGCGGGGUCUUAACAAACCAGUUUGAACCCGGGCCUCAAAUCCACCCAGAACUGCUCUUCCUCUCCUGGCUGGAGCAGCUCCUGUCCCCCCGGGAGCAUUACCACGUCACCUGGUUCAUGUCCUGGAGCCCCUGCGCAGGCUGCGCGCGGGCGGUGGCCGACUUCCUGCAGGAGCACCACACCGUGCAGCUGAGCGUCUUCGCCGCCCGCCUCUACUACCACUGGGAGCCCGAGUACCGGGAGGGGCUCCGCCGCCUGAGCCACCUGGGGGCCCAGGUGGACAUCAUGUCCUUCCAGCACUUCAGAUACUGCUGGGACAACUUUGUGCACAACUGGGGCAGACGCUUCAGGCCUUGGGAAAAUCUGCUGGAAAAUUAUGAGUCCCUGGUCUCAGAACUUGAGAGUUUCAGACACAGGAUGGACGAGGCCACCUUCUAUCAGACCUUCGGGAAUAUGCAUCGGCAUAAGGAGACCCACCUGUGCUACGAGCUGGAGCUCUGGGAGGGAGGCUCCUGGGUCCCACUGACCAGGAACAAGGGCUUCCUGCAGAACAAGCCCUCCAUCUGUGCAGGGGAGCCAGUCCACGCAGAAUUGUUGUUCUUAAAACGGAUCCUUUCUUGGAUGUUGGACCGGAAGAGACACUACAGGGUCACCUGCUACAUCUCCUGGAGCCCCUGUGUUAACUGUGCCUACGAGCUGGCUGCCUUCCUCCAGGAGAGGAGCCACAUGCAUCUGCGUGUCCUCGCUGCCCGCAUAUACAGUCUCCCGGGACACCAGGAUGGUCUGCGGGCCCUGCAGCAGGCUGGGGCCCACCUCGCCAUCAUGAAGGCCCAGGAUUUUCAGCACUGCUGGGAGACCUUCGUGGACCACCAGGGAAGACCCUUUGAGCACUGGGAAGAGCUGGAGGGGAGGAGCGAGUGCCUGUCCGGAGAGCUGCUGAGAAUCCUCCAGGGCAGGAGAACUGAGGCUGCACUUGGGUCCCUCUGAGGAAGGCGGCACCACUGCUGAGCAGCAGGUGACACACUGUCAAGAAAUGUGAACUGGGGCCUCCCCUGGUGGCGCAGAGGUUGAGCGCUGGGCUGUGAAGCUGUCCGCAGCCUCUGCAGCACCAGUUCGAUCCCCGGCCACCGGGUCAGGGUCCCACAUGGCGCGCAGACCUCUCCUGCCGC